AUGAGUGCAGGAUGCUGCUCGUUACGAGUAGCUGGUGCCUACACGGGGGCUCCCUUUCUCCCUCUCCCCCUCCCCGCUUCCCUCCCUCGGCUGCUCUUUCUCAUCCUCCCAUUUCCUCCCUCUGCUCUCCUUUCACGCCCCCACGCCCCCUCUCACGUCACUCACAUAUCUCCCCCUUCCCUCUCCUUGAUCUGCCAGCUGGCAGCGCAGCGACGUGGCGUCGCGCUAUUGGACGACCCCUCCACUGCUCUGCCCGCCCUCGUUGCCGGUUUUCCAGAAUUUCUGGCAUGGGAAGAGCAACCCGAUGCUUCUGGCAAUGUGGAUGGGGAGGAUGGUUUGGAGGCAGACGGAGGGAAGGUCGAGGAGGGAGAAGGGUUCCUGGUUAAGGAAAGGCAGGAGCAAGAGACGGGAGAUCUAGCAAGCGGGGGGGAUGUGAGGAGUGAGAAGGUACGAGAGGAUGUGGAUGGAGGGGGGGUGGCUGAGGAGGUGGAGGCGGAGGAGGAGGAAGGAGAGGGCAGCAGCAGUACCACCAGGACCAGCAGCGGCACCCGCAGCAGCAGCACCACCAGCACCACCAGCGCCACCACCAGCAGCAAGACAGGCGAGAAGAAGCAGCAGAAGCAGAAGCACGCGCACAAAAACGAGGAGGAGGAACAGCAGCAGCAGGAGUUCCAUCAUCUCGAGCACCUACCGCCAGUGCUGCGCUUCCUCGCCCUGCACUGGGGCGUCAACCGCCCCACUCUGCGCCGCCUCCUCCUCUGCCACCCCGCCCUCGCCCUCCACGUGCCCCCUCGCCCCUCCUCCUCUCGCCCUUCAUCCUCUCGCUCUUCCUCCCCUCGCCCCUCGUCCCAUGCUGCUGUCAGUCGGACAGGAAAGGGCAGGGGAAAGAAGGAGAUGAAGGGGGCAGCUGCUCUGGAACCCGAAUUAGACUUAGAGUCGGCAGCAUCUUCUGACUCCGAGUCAGAAACAAAAGUCGAAUCAGCGUUGGAGAUAGAGUUGGCAUCAAGGACAGAGUGGGAGGCGGAGAUGGAGGCACAUAUGCUGGCAUGCAAGCGGCAACUCAAGCAGGUUUGCCUCCCCUCUGUCCCACUGCUCGCUCGCAUCCACAACCCCACUUGCAUUGCUUUUGAGUCCUCCUGCCUCUCCUCUAUUGUUUCUCCAGUGUCCUCUGUUUCGUCACCCUUGCUGGGAGUGCGAGUGCGGGACCUGCCUCUCAUCAUCAAUCGCUUCCCCCCAGUGCUCUCCCCGUCGGUUUUCCUAAACGCACCCAUUGUCGCCGAGGCCAUCACCAACACUCUCAAGGUGCCCAUCAGCAAGGUAGACCCGAUGCUCACGCGCUGCCCCGAGCUGCUCUCGCUCUCUCCGGCCAACAGCAUCGCGCCAGCUGGCGUGUUCCUACAGGGCGUGGGGCUGACGCGCGGGGAGAUGGUGCGCGUGCUCUCUGCCAGCCCCUCGCUGCUGUGCCGCCCCAGGCACCAACUGGGGGAGUCUCUGGAUUGGCUACAAGAGAACCUCUCCAUUCCUUCCCACGAGCUGGCCCACCUCAUCUUCCGCUGCCCCGGUCUGCUCUGCCUCUCACCCGUGGUGCUGCGUGGCAAGGCGGCGUUCCUCAAGGGGGAGGUGGGAGUGACGGCAGCAGAGGAGGUGGCGCGUGUGGUGUGCCGCUUCCCUGAAAUGCUCACCAUGAGUGUUACAAGCAUGAGGAACAGGAUCUCCUACCUCUACUCCCGAGGCUUCUCCCGUGCUGACGUGGCAGGCAUGGUGGUUCGGUACCCACCGCUCCUGGGCUACAGCGUUGCCGCGGUGCUUCGGCCGAAGCUGGACUUCUGGCUCGAGGAGGAGGAAAAAGGGGUGCUCGGACUCAACUUCAUGCUCGUCCCCCUGCGCGCCCCCCAGACCCCUGCUGCUAGUGCGGGUGCUCUGACUAGUGAUAAUGGCAGUGGUGGUGGUGGUGGUGGUGGUAGUGGCAGUGGUGUUGGUGGUAGCACCAGUGGUGGUGGUGAAACUCCUGCUGCUGCUGCUGGUGCUGCUGCUGCUGCCUUGCCAGCUGCAGAUAGUGGUGAUAAAGGUUCAAGGCGCUUUCAAGGAGCUGUUGCCGCCCGUCCAGAUUCGCGCUUAAGGUUUUCCGAACAAGCAGAUAUUUUGGGGAGAGAGACGUCCUCUGGUGGUGCUUCCCUUGCCUCUGCUGCUGCCAGGUCAGCAGAACCUACUGCCAGGUCAGAGGUGAUAUUGGAUAGGAAGGGGAGGAGGAAUGGAAAUGGAGACAAGAGUGAAACUUCUGGUUCGAGAGGGGAAGAUGAAUGGAAGGAUCUUGAGGAGUUGAUUGAGAAAGAGGAAGAAGAGGAGCUUGGGAGUAGGAGCGGCAGGAAAGGGAGAAAAGCUGGCACCGCCGGCGCACCCGCCGUCUUCGGAGACGGCGCAUUUGGCGCUGUCCCCUGCUGGUCGGCAGAACCAGGAAACUCCGCGCGAUCUCCGGCGCGAUCCCCGGCGUGGAUGACGGCCGGUCGAGGAUCCGCGAGCAGCAGCGGCAGCAGCGACGAGGAGAGGGAGGAGACGAGAUACGGCGGAGGGUUAGGGGGAAACUUCUAUUCGCCUCCUAGCGCGCGCGCGGAAACGGGUAGCGCGGGGAAGGACAGGCGGAAAAGCUUGGGGAGCGGCGGAAAGAAGCCGCGGAAAGCGUCGUUCCACAUCAGCCUUAGCAGCAGCGACUCUAGCGGCUCAGACGGGGAGGGGGACGGGGGGAAUGGGGAACGAGUCGGCGGAGAUGGGGGGAAGCGGAGGGGGAGUUUCGGCGGAAGGGGGAGUGCGCUAGACGCGGAGAGGCCAGUGGCGCGGCCUGUGAGGCGGGCGGAGGCGGAACUGGGGGAGGUGGAGCGGAAAGUAGCUGCUGAGGUGGAGGAGGAGGAGCACGAGCAGAAAUCAGAGGCUGGGGAGUCGCAGCUUCGGAGAGAGGCAGCAGCGGCAGAGGCUCGGCGCCGAGCCGAGAUCGAAGCUGAGCUUCGGGCAAAGCAGCAGAGGGAGAUGGAGGAGGAGAGGAGGAGGAGGGAAGAGGAGAGACGGCGGAAGGAAGAGGAGGAGAGGAGGAAGGAGGAGGAGCGGAAGAGGGAGGUGGAGAGGCAGCAGCAGGAGGUGGAGUCGAACAGAAGGUCAGCCCAGGCGGCAAAAGCAGCUGCUGAUGCAGCAGACGCGAGAGCAGCGGCAGAGGUGGGUUGGGUUGGGUUGGGUUGGGUUGGGUUGAGGUGCGGGACUCAAGAGCUGAGCCAAGGUAGCAGCAGGAGGAGGUGGAAGCAAGCAGGAGGGAAAACUGCUGCUGAUGCAGCGGAUGCAAGAGCAGCAGCAGAGAUGGGAAAUUUGAGGGCUGCAAUGUUGCAACAUCUCUGGGUUAGGAGUUCCAAAGUGCGAGUGGCUGAGGGGGCGGCAAAGGAGGCAGGGGCCAGGCUGGCACGGCUCAAGGCGAUGCGCGAUGAGAUCGCUCCCAUCAUGGCUGAUAACGCACGGAAGAAGGACCGCAAGACUGUGGAGCGGCGAAUCAUUCUGCUGGUUCAGCAAAUCUCCGCCUCGCACGACCAAAUCGCCAAGAAGUCUACUGAUCUCACGGCCCUCUUGCGGGACCCGUCUCUUCCCCAGACGUUCGUCGCAAUCACCUUCGCCUCCAAGAUUCUAUCCCAGUGCGAGUCCCAAGUUACCAAGUUACCGCCAUUCGCAUUCGCUCUCGCGCAAGUCAUCGUGAACGUGUCCACUCAGGCGCCCAUUGCCAUGGAAGCGUUGAUGGCAAGCCUGAACGAGACCUGCAUCUACACCGUUCCGCAGCACUGUGUCUUCUCCGAGGCCUCUUACCCCUCUGACGACGCCUAUUACCGCGAUUUGGGGUACAGGGAGGAAGAGGGGGAGGGUGGGAAGAAGCGAAUGGAGUCGACAGAUGCGUUUAUAGAGAGGAUGACAGGGUACAUCAUUCUCAUGGCUGCUAUAUGCCAGACCCUCCCACCACCUGGCACCGCAGUGCACCCCUUUGGCUUGUCCCAUGCAUGGCAGUGGUGUGCCCGCCUGCUGAACCACCUUCCAGCCAAUCGGGCAUCGGCCACCGCUUUGGAAGUAUUUCUCAAGAUUGCUGGUUACCGCAUGCACCUGACAUACCGCUCCCAGUUCCUGAAGCUGCUAGAUGUGGUGGGGAAUGAGUACCGGGGCAAGCUGCAGGCUUUAAACGAUGCUGACGUGGCGCCGGUGGUUAACCGAAUCGAGACGUAUGUUGGGGUGCAGAGGUAUCUGAGGCCACCUGAGGGGCUGGAGAUGCCGCUGCAUGAUAAAUCAUCACAACUCAGAGCAUAG